AUGGGUACUGUCCCAACGUGUGUGAUUACUGAUCAAGACCCGGCUAUGAAGAUUGCUAUUGCUGAGGUUUUGUCAGAUUGCCGCCAUCGUUUCUGUAUGUGGCACUUUAUGACAAAGGUGAACGAGAAAAUUGGGCCCUACAUGGUAAAAGACGUAGGGUUCCGCAACAAACUGAACGAUAUUGUUUGGAAUGAAACCAUCAGUGUAAGCGAGUUCGAAGAGCAGUGGCAUUCGUUAAUGGAAAAGUACAAUCUAGCAACCCACCGUUGGUUUACCAAGCUGUAUACUGAAAGGGAGUUCUGGGUCCUUGCAUAUUUUAUAAAUCUUCCCAUGAGUGGGUUGUUGCGCACAACAUCCCGAUCUGAAGCAGAGAACAGUGUUUACGGGAAGUGUACCCGACCCCACUUCAGCUUGGUGGAGUUCUAUGUGCAAUUCGAGGGUGUACUGGAGACUCAGCGUUACAAGCAAUCUAAGUUGAACGCCGAGAGCGAGGAAAUUGAAGCUGGGUGUUUCUAUUGUCGAGUGGUGGGUAUCCGUGAGGAGGGGGAGGUCAUUACUUACAACAUAAGAGGAGAGUGCACCGCUACCUACACCGUGCAAUAUACCCCGGUAGGGAAUCAUGCAUCCUGUAGCUGCAAGCUAUUCGAGCUGUUGGGGUUAGUUUGUCGGCACAUGUUCUUGGUGUUCAAGGAUGCACAGGUUAAAAGCUUGCCGUUGGACUACGUCCUUCCACGUUGGUGUAAGCAGGUGGGAGCUGGUGUAUGCUGUGGGCAGUGUUGUGAUGUUCCUUCUCCGGAUUCUGGACCUAACCGGCUGUGGAAUGCAAUGCACCAAUGCGCUGCCUUGGUGGGCACCAACACGGAUCGGCAGACGCGGAUGCUGCAAGUAUUAGAAGAUUUGAAAGAGGAAUUUAUGAGUGAUGGUUCGAACGUUACCCCUGCAAAAGGUAACAAUGCUGCCAUCGUGGCUUUAUGUGGGGUUGCACCUCCGACAUCCAUCACCAUCAAGCCCCCGCCUCAAGCUAAAAACAAAGGGAUCGGUCGACGUAUUAAAAGCCAGCGGGAGUUAGCUGUUUUGAGCAGUGGUAAAAUAGGGCGUAAAUGCGGUGUGUGCGGCGAGUACGCCCGUCAUAACGCUCGUAGCUGUCCGUAUAAGUGA